AUGGACAACAAUAUCCUGCAGUUGGAUCCUCCAGAAACACAGAACCAGAUGGAACCAUCAGAGUCUCAGAGGGAGGAAAAUCCCAAUAAACCCAGUUUGAUUCUGCAGCCCAACUGGUCUCAGAUCUACAGAGGAGAGAAAGUCACUCUGAGAUGUGAGAUCCAGGGAGGAACUCAGUGGACGUAUGAAUGGAGACCAACCAAUAGAAACUCUCCAACAUCCAGUGAAUACAGGAUCAACUCAGCUACUGAUGCUGACAGUGGAGAAUACAGCUCGUCUCCCCCUCAGCCUGUCCUCUCUGUGUCUCCAUCAUGGCUGAAUCCUGGAGCCUCAGUGACUCUGAGCUGUGAGGGUUUGGAGCAUCAACCAGCAGGAUGGAGGUUCUUCUGGUAUAAAACUGUUACCAAUCCGCCUACCUGGUGCCAUGUACCAUUCUACAGCUUUGAGCUGCUGGCUAACAACCCUAACAGGACGGAGCAGAACUCCUAUGCCAUUAAUGGACCAACUCACAGAGCACAAUAUGUGUGCAGAGCAGGAAGAGGAGAACCAACAUUUUUCACUGAUUACAGUGAACCAAAGUUUGUCUGGUCUGCAGAUCCUCAUCCAGCAGCUUCUCUCUCAGUGGAUCCUGACAGAGUUCAACACUUCAGAUCUGACCCUCUGUCUCUGUCCUGUGAGGGAAACUGUGCUAAGUGCAGAGUGAGGAGGUUUACCGAAACAGAUGGACUGUCAGACUGCUCCAUCUGGGGGACAAUGACUGGAUCUACAUGCACCAUCGACCAAUACUGGUAUGGUAGUGGAGUUUUCUGGUGUGAUUCUGGAUCAGGAGAGUUUAGCAAUGCUGUCAACAUCACUGUACAGGAUGAUAAUUAUGAUGGUAUUAUCCUGGUGAGUCCUGUUCAUCCUGUGACUGAAGGAGAUCCUGUUACUCUGAGCUGCAGAGAUAAACAUCAAAAUCUUCUCUCCAAUGUGUUUUUCUAUCAUAAUGAUAAACUCAUCCAGAAUGACAGCAGAGAGGAGCUGAAUAUCUCUGCAGUGUCAAAGUCAGAUGAAGGUUUUUACAAAUGUCAACAUUCAGGAAAAGAUUCACCAAGGAGCUGGAUGUCUGUUAGAGAAACUGUAUCCAGUCCUGUCAGUCCUUCAUUUCCUGUCCUGCUGGUCAUUGGACCAGUUAUUGGAAUUGUUCUCUUUAUUCUCCUGCUCUUGUUCUGGUGCCACAGACGAUACAGAGAUUUAUGCAGCAUAAGAUUGAUGCGAUCAGUGAGUCAGCGCUCCUCCACAGAUCAUCAAGAGAAGCAGCUUAAAAGUCCUGCUCAACAACACGCAAGGAGACCUUGUGACCCAGAGGAAGGAAUUUAUGUUUUUAUGAAACCAGCGAGGUCUCAUCAGCCAAGGGAAGCUUCAUAUGUUUUCAUUAAACCAGGAAAAUAGAGCCAUGCAGGAACAGAUGAUGCUGCUGCUUUGUA